AUCGUACGCGUUCCUGGCAAUGGCCCCCCGUUCCCAAAACAAGUGUCAUUGUAGUGACCAUACCAGGCAGUUCGUUGGCAAACAUAUUACCAUGGAUGGCACACCUUCUCCACCUCCUCAUACACCCUCGACCCUUCCUUUUCCCAGCGGGCAUCUGAUUGUGUUUUCUGACAUGAUUUUCGCGUGGAUGCAGAUGCAGAUUUGUUUGUUUUUUAUUUGUGUAGAAUCUUCACGCGUUGUCAGAUCCGCAUCCGCUGAUGAUAGUGAACACCCCAAUGUUGAAUCAUUGGUCAAGAACUUGGAGGACGUGAUAAUGGAGGAAUUGCCCGUGCCAUGUGUGACCAGGUCUCCCGUGUCCCCCCCUGCCCCUUCUGCCACUGUUUCUCCCUCUGCCACUCCCCUCAAAUCUCCUACACUUGCCCCUGCAUCCGGUUCUCCCGCUCCCGCUACUCCUGCCCCUGCUACCCCCGCCCCUGCUACCCCCGCCCCCGCUACCCCUGCUCCCCCUGCCUCUGCCACUUCUGCUGCUGUUACUAGCUCUCCUCAUUUCAAGGAGAUGUUGCAUAGGCUUGGUGAACCACGUUUCCCAGCGUGGCUCAAACCACCUAGGUUGAAACUUCUCAGAACCCUCAUUGCGUACAAGAACUCACAUUCCCAUCUUGAGACUUGA